AUGCGAUAUAAGCCUGUUUGCAUUUAUAAUCAUACUAUGCAUUUGCACAUAUAUGUAUGAUAGUCAACCUAUAAAAAGAAAGUCACAUGAUCGGCACAUAAAUGAAGCUGUUUUGCAUAAAGAAGAUUUAGCAGUGCAUUCACGCUCUCAUUUAGAUGAUUAUUGCAAUUUGUAUUGAACACUGAACAAAAGCAUUGUAAUACUUCCAGAGCCAACAAGCAGAUACACUCUAGAGAAAAACUAGCAAGGAGCACUUAUAUACAUAUAAAUCGAAAAGGGUGUAGGUGAUUUUUAUAAAUACUGUAAUGUACUUCGAAUCAAAACGAAGUACUGGGAUACCAGCAUUAUCUGUUGAAAACACAGACGAUAAAUGCACAAAAGGGCACAAAGCAAUUCAAAUCUUCGGUCAAAGUUCAAGUGAAAAUACUGAAAUUAAUAGUCCUAUUAAUGAACACAUAAAAUCAUUUCACUCUAAGCACGCAGCCCAGAAUAAAUGUAAUCAUCAUCAGUCUCCGGAAUCACUGCGCACAGUUAUAAUAUCCAAGGAGUCAAACGUAAAAUCACCCCUAAAUCAUCACAUUUCUGUAUCAGACUAUGAAAUUCCACCGAAAUUUCUUCCAGUCAGCAUGAAUUCACGGCCAAUAACCGUAUCAUCCUCACCAUCCUACCGGACUACUCAUGACCUGCUUAGUCAUUGUGAAUCACUCACACAAUCAGUCAGUGAAGAUGAAGACAAUCCACCUUUGGAUCAAGAAUACUUCAUUGAUGCUGAGGAGAAACUGAACCAAAUACGCUCACAUUUAAACUAUUUACACAAACAUGAGAGUGAACACUUGAAGAUUUUAGAGCAAAUUAUCAAGUCUCUGGAAUCUGUUAGAGAUAAACGCUCAUCGAAUGAAAUUAAAGAAAUACGUUCGUCACUUCAUUCAGUCGAGAAUAUACAAAAGAAAUUCCUUCAAGGAUUGAGUGAUUGUCUGCAAAAUGGAGAUAUUGAAUAUGCUCAUUUCAGUGAACCAUUUAAAUUACUAAUUGGUCGACAGAUUGAAAUAUCAAACUAUGUCAACAGAAUUUCAAAGGUUUUGAAAAAUUCCAAGCAAGAAAAACAUAGCAAUUCUUCUAAUUCAUUUAGACUUCAAGAGCCAAUGACCUGGAUAGCUCAAACAGCUGAAAACAUAAAAAGCUUAUUAUUGUUAUUGGAUAAAAACUCAGUACACUAUCCUGAGCUUCAAAGAAUAUAUAAAAGAUUGUUGGAAGAAUCGUUGAAUUCAAGGGAGGAGGAUGAAGAGAUCAGUACACAUGAUUCAGAUCACUUGAUUAUGCAUAGUCUAGUUGUGGAGUUGGCGGGUAAAACAAAUAGUCGUAAACUGCGUUAUCUAUUUCUAUUCAAAGAUGUGUUAAUUUGUGCGAAACCAAAAUUGGUCACUAGUUUAAGACAAAAGUUAUCACAUGAUGAUCCGUCACAGAAUGAAUUACGAUUCCGAAGAAACGUGUCGCUUAAAUUACCUAUCUCAGGUCAUGAGCUUGAAAUAAAAUGGUUCAUUUACACAGACGACAUCUGCUUGCUGACAAAUUCCAGGUUUGGAAAUGAUGACAGAGGUCGACUACAACAGCAAAGAGAUCUGGAUAAGCUAAAGGGUAUGGUUCGUAAUUUACGGCACACAAUGAGUCAUAGUUCAGGGGAAAGAAGGUCAUCAAAGAAUUCAUCAAAAUUAACAAAUCUAAGUAAAUUAGAAGGUAAACUUGUACUGGAAACACCGCAACUCAUUUUACCAAUUGCUGACAAAAACUCUAGAGUACACAAUAUCCUACUGACAACAGAGAGAGAACGGACACAUUGGAGAUCUGCCCUGGAACAACAGUCAAACAAACACCAUUUCAAGAGCGGCUCUUUAGAUAUUCCGAAAAUCAGUACUCUAGAAAAAGCGAAUUCAGAGAGUUCCUUGGCAGUAUCUCGAAAUCCUACACUGACAGAAUUACACGAGCGUCUGAAGAAAUAUGAACAUGUGGUUACACUAAAUAAAGUUGGUCUUGCCCUCCUUGGUAAGAAUGAACCAGUAACUGGCUUCAUCAAGGCUACAAUACACGGAAUUGAUGGACUGGAUGAAAAGAACAGCUAUCACGUUUGCAUCGAAGUUGACUCGUAUGGCCAAUACGAAGAAGUGGCUCGUACAAGAGUUUUACAGCAGGCUAAUCCUCAAUGGGAACAGUCAUUUGAUUUGGAGGUGGAUGGAGCAUGGACAAUGUGCUUCACUUUAAAUAUUCAUCAAGAAAUGUUAGCGGAACUAGAAGUCCCCUUAGACUUGGAGACACUGAAACAGAACUCAGUAACAGUAAUGAAGGUACCAACAAAUGAAAACCCUCCAAGAGAUCUAGUCUUUACGAUAUCUUUGGAAUAUAUUGAUCAAAUGAAUCUCAACAAAAAUCGGAGGUCUGAAAUCCCUGGAAAUCUGUUCGGUCGUCAUCUUAAAGAGCUCAUAAAAGUCCCACUUGAACAGGGUGGUGAUGGGAACAUGAAAAAACAAAAAUCUGAAGUAUUUAUACCCCGUUUUGUUACUGCAUGCGUAGAAGAAAUUGAGCGUAGAGGUUUACUGGAGGUAGGAAUCUAUCGAAUAUGUGGGUCCAAUGAUGACAUCAAAGCUUUAAAAAGUGAAUUUGACGAAAGUUGUAAAUUAGCUAUUCAAAGAUUAACGCUAGUACAAUUACCAGUGAUUACAAGUCUACUGAAACAAUUUUUUCAGCAACUGCCAGAAAGCCUAAUUGAUUAUGCAUCUACAAAAGCUUUAGUUCAAGCAGUCGAAAUUGACGACGAAUCUUUCCGAUACCAACUCAUAUACGACAUUCUCUAUCAACUUCCUACUGUAAACCUGGAAAUAUUUAAUUACUUAGCUAAUCAUUUAAUCACAGUAAGUCGUUAUAGGGAACAGAAUAAAAUGAAUUUGGGCAACCUUUCUUUAAUAUGGAGUAUGACGUUAUUUGAAUGUGCACCAGAGAUAUCGCAGUCGAGUGCAGCUACUGAAAAAGACAAGGGAAACUCCAAGUUCACACUGGACAAUGUUCAAAUGCAAGCAGCAUUUGGUUUUCAACAAGCUAAAACACUGAACUGUAUUCUAACCUCAAUGAUCUCCGGCAAACUUACAAUACCUCAUCAUAAUAAUGUAAUUAGACCAGAGCAUUCAUAAUUUUUUAAAACCUUUAUACGAAGCAAAUAUACCUAUUUGGUCUGUUUUUAGUAUUUUCCUACUUCUAUAAAAUAAAAGAACUAGAAGUUCUUUC